UUUUUUUUUUUUUUUUUUUCCCUUGGCCUUGACCAACGCUUUUUUUGGUUUUACGCGUCGAUCCUUCCAGGAAUUCAGGAACUGCUGGCCGGUAUUUAUUCACAAUUUCUCCCAAUCGGUGAAUGACGAUCCGGUUCAUUCCUCCUCUACUGUCGUUUUCGAUCUCGUGUUCGAUCUCAAGUCGUUCGUGUCGCCCGCGCUGCCCGAGUGUUACCCACCGCUUCUUUCGUCGGAGUUCGCGCGUUUAUACAGAAGGGACUGUGACACGAUUGUCAUGUCAAUGGAAAAGACCUUGAUGGUCUCUUGUUAAGUGUCUUCGUGUGUGGAUAUCGUUUGUAUAGGAGGAUGGCAUAUACCAUGGAUUCUGGGCACACGACGCAAGACGUCGUAGUUUUUCUUCGCAUCAGCUACCCCAUCAUCCUCUUGAUUACCUUUAUAGUGGCUUUCAUUACAAACUCGAUUAUUACGGCAAAGAAGGCUACUCAAAAUGGUAGACAAGAACAGAUGGGUCCUGGAGGGAGACCGCUCCCCAAACGUGCGCGAAGUACCAUGGCCGUAGCGAAGAGUCGCAGGUUUUCCCGGUGCACAAGUCUCCUCUUUAGGUGGCUGGCCGUUGGCGUAUUGGCCACUCUCGUCGCAGAUGCCGCAAUCAACAUGACGCAUGUUAUGUUUGCGAGAUCUCAGCAUUGGUGGUGUGGCCAGUCGGUUGUGAUUUACAUCGUGGGGUCCUUUUUCGUCCAUGCAAUUCUUCUUGUUUCCAUGUUGGAUACAAACCCUUCGCCGAAUCCCUCGCACUUUGUCCCGUGGUUGGUGGCCAUACCUUUUGAAUUGGCCGUCUUAGGAGGAUCGCUUUCUAUCUACGUCAAUGCUCACCGCGAGCCGGUGGUAGGCAACCCAGUUGGUGGGCCCCCACGCAAGAGCAUCACUAUGUGGGAAUCGUUGGAAGUGGCUUCGAACGCGGUCAGAGUCCUGUUUCUUGCCACUCUGGUCUUGAUGUACGUAGCCCACUUGAUUCGCGUGAAUUCCAUUGGACGGAAAGCGGCAAGUCAGGCAAACGGAAUCUCAGAAUCUACGGGAUUGCUCGACGGGUCCAAUGCGGAAUCAGGGACGGCCAACGGACGAGCAUACGGCUCGACCAAUCACGAGGACUCCAAACCGACGGAUGCGUGGGUUCGUCCAACGACCAUUCCGUCCACCAGCUGGUGGGAGUAUCUUAGUGGAUACUCGCUCUUUUUCCCCUACCUUUGGCCGUCCAAGUCUCGCCGUCUGCAAAUCAUCGUGGUCGCCUGUUUUGGUUUGAUCAUCCUGCAGCGCAUUGUGAACGUUUUGGUGCCCUACCAAGUGGGCGUUAUCACUGACGCUUUGUCUGAGAAAGAUGGCGGCGGGUUCCGAGUGCCCUGGUUUGAGAUUUGCAUGUAUAUCCUGUAUCGCUGGCUACAGGGCAACCAGGGCCUAAUCGGUUCCCUGCGCUCCUUCCUGUGGAUUCCCGUGAGUCAAUAUUCCUAUAUGGAGCUUUCAACUGCCGCCUUCGAACAUGUCCAUGGGCUCAGUCUUGAAUUCCACCUUGGAAAGAAGACGGGUGAAGUGCUAUCUGCUCUGAGCAAGGGCAGCUCCAUUAACACUUUCCUGGAACAAGUAACGUUCCAGGUAGUUCCCAUGCUAGUGGACCUUGGGGUUGCCAUUGGAUAUUUCCUUGUUGCAUUCGAUGCAUACUACGCCUUGGCGGUCGGCAUCUCCACGUUCACCUACCUCUAUGUGACUGUUCGCAUGGCACAAUGGAGAGCCGGUAUCCGAAGAGAGAUGGUUAAUUAUUCGAGGCAGGAAGAUGCAGUGAAAAACGAUUCGAUGGUUUCGUAUGAGACUGUCAAAUACUUCAACGCAGAAGACUAUGAAUUUGGCAGAUAUAGAAACGCGGUCAACGACUUCCAGAAGUCUGAAUAUCAUGUUCUGCUCUCUUUGACGUUCAUGAAUACUUGCCAGAACACCGUAUUCAUGUUAGGUCUUUUGAUAACGUGCUUUGUUGCAGCGUUUCAGGUCUCGACUGGCCAGCGUCCUGUCGGUCAGUUUGUGUCACUUUUGACCUAUAUGGCACAGCUCCAAGGCCCGCUGAACUUCUUUGGCACUUUCUACCGUUCGAUUCAAUCCUCCAUGAUCAACUCUGAGCGGAUGCUCGAGUUGUUCCGUGAACAGCCGACAGUUAUUGACAAACCCACUGCCACGCCCUUACCGGCGUGCAAUGGUAACAUUACCUUUGACAAUGUCGAGUUCUCAUAUGACAGCCGAAAGCCGGCCUUGAAUGGCCUGACCUUUAACUGCGAACCUGGGACGACUACCGCGUUGGUUGGUGAAUCUGGGGGAGGAAAGUCGACCGUUUUCCGUCUGAUUUUCCGUUUCUACAACACUGAACGGGGACGGAUUCUCAUUGACGGAAAUGAUGUAGAAGACGUCACGAUUGAUUCAUUGCGACAGCAUAUUGGUGUUGUGCCUCAGGAUACGGUUCUUUUCAACGAAUCACUCAUGUAUAACCUCAAGUACGCCAAUCAGGACGCCACAGAUGAGGAUGUUUUUGAGGCCUGUCGGGCAGCUAGUAUUCAUGAUAAGAUCCUUAGCUUUCCCGAUGGCUACCAAACCAAGGUGGGUGAACGGGGAUUGCGUCUCAGUGGAGGCGAAAAGCAACGGGUUGCAAUUGCCCGUACUAUCCUCAAGAACCCUCGCAUCAUCUUGCUGGACGAAGCAACUGCCGCGCUCGAUACCGACACAGAAGAGCACAUUCAGCAGGCUCUAUCCACAUUAUCGCAUGGCCGCACGGUACUCGUGAUCGCACAUCGACUAAGCACGAUCACAAGGGCGGACCAGAUUGUUGUUUUGCACGAAGGCCAAGUUUCCGAAAGCGGCUCGCAUGAUGAACUGUUGGCCUUGAAAGGUCGAUAUUCCAGCAUGUGGCGCAAGCAGAUUCGAGCGCAAAGGGCGGCCGCAGAGGCCCAAGUCCUCCAGGACCGCGCUCAACGUCUUCGUAGUGCACCUGGAGAUGACAGCUCCAGCCAAUCCGACGAAGACCGGAAUGGUCAUGGCCACGGUACCGCUCCUCCGUCGAAUGUGCCAGGCCACGGGCAUUGAGUAUAAAUUGCAUGACUGUUGAGUUAAUUUGUUGUUAGUGCAACGUUGGGCUCUUAUGCGAGCCAGGUUGUUAUAAACAAGAGACUAAUGUUUUUGAGGUUGUCGCCAAUAAAAAUUUGCAAAGCCAUGGUUCCCAUUUACAUGGCAUGGAGAGGAGAUACCAUUUGUUUUGUUUUUCUUUUUUUUAUUUUCGGGUCUUUCUCUUUUGUACGAAUUUGUCCAGGCCUAUGUAUCCAUGUUUUCUUCUCGCACAUUUCCUAUCAUCAUGGCGUUUGGAGUGCCUUACGAUUUGUACGCACGUACGGUAUAUUGACUAUCAUCAGACGAACUCGGGGGCAUCCGCUGCUGUUAGGCUGGAUGCG